GAAUAAACAAAAAAUAAUAAUUAAAAUAAUUUGUUUUCAAAAGAAUCUCUCUUACUCUAGAAAUCGUUAUUGAAGCUAUGACGACCUUUUGUGUAUAACUAAAUUUAAAUUUUUGAUAUCUAGCAAAUCGAAGAUGUUUUUUAAGUCCACUUAACUUCAGAUUAAGCAAGAGUGAUUGCAAAGAGAUUACCCCCUGGUUUUAGCAUUAAUUUAAGCAGAUAAUCAAAAAGAGAUGUUAAAGUUUGCUAAUCAAAUAAUAAAAUUUUAGAAAUUUUAAUAGGAUAUUUCAUCAGAUGAGGAGAAUAAAGUCACAAAAAAGACAUAUGUAGCACCUCCUUAUAGAGCAGAAAACACUGAUGAAAUGAAAAGAUGCUUAGCAUUACUCUAAAAAUUAAAAAAACACUAGUUAGCUGCUCCAUUUCUAAGGAAAUUAGAAAAUGUUAAUUAUCCUUAAGAAUUCGAAUAUGUUGACUUAUAAAUUGUUGAAUAAAAUCUAAAAAACAGUACUUUACUUAUCCAAUCAUAAUUUAGAUGAGUAUCUUACAGCCACGUAAUUUUGGGGAGAUAUAAAAAAAAUCUGGUAAAUGUCCUAUGCCAUGAAUAACAAAGGCACUUAAUUAUAUGCAAUGACUCAAGAAUUAGAAUAGCAUUUUAAUGAAUUAUACAAAGAAUUAGAUAAGCCUUAUCCAUAAAAAUAAGUUGUGGAGCAACCACUAAAAUAAGAGAAAUAGAAAAAGCCACCUCCCAUGUAACAAACUAAUAGCAAUAGUAAUCACAAUAAUUAAAACAACAAAAAGCCAAUGUAAAGCACCCAAUAAUAAUAUUAGAAAACAACCAAGCCUAAUGGAACAACCUAUGAAUAUGUAGGAAAAAAGAGCCUUGGUUUCAAACAUAAAUAGUUUACCUCCCGAACAUCUCAGAGGAGUUUGGGAAAUAGUGUCUGAUGGAUUGAAAAUUUAAGAAUAAAAUGAUGAAUUAGAAUUUGAUAUAGAUACUUUACCUGUUAAAAAGACAAGAUAAUUGGAGAAAUAUGUUAACACAAAACUUGAAUAUUUAAAAAAACAAUAGAGUAAAAAAGCAGCAGAAGAAAGUAAAGCUUAAGACAAAAAUGAUAGAAUUGUAUUAAUUUGAUAACUAUUUUAGGUUCAUGCAGCAAACAAUGCUUACAAUCAUGCUCCAUAGCCAGUUUCACAAUUAAAGCAAACUGACACUGGAGACAGCUCAUUUAGCAGUGAUGCUGAAGAAUCUGUUUGAGUUUUUUUUUUAUUUUUGUUUUUU